AUACCAAGGUGUAGCCCGUUUAUGAAAAAACCACUUGCUCAUAAGGUUCUUUUACCGCCAUUUUUUCUCUUCACGCUUGUUUGUUUCUUCUACAAUCUUUGGCAGUUAUACCUCAGGAAAGCCAUUCAUCUGCUAUCCAGUAUACUGGCAUCAUUUAGUCACCGUAAGGCUGCUACUCUAAAUCCCCAUUUGGAACAUAUUUUGGGAUAAAUUUCAGAUUGAGUUGCAAUACAAAAAAUGGCGCGCAGGAGAGAUAGAGAUGACAAAAUUUCGAUCGAUGCCAGCGACAUCGUCGAACUGUCGAAAGCGACGUCGAUCUUCGAGAAGUUCAUCCAGUCGACAUUCGCUGAGUUCGCUGGAACCAUGAUCUAUACCUUCCUAGCCUGUAUGGCAGUAACUACGAUGGAUGUAACUCUGAUUGCAUUCGCAGAAGGACUGGGAAUUGCCUUCCUCUGCUCAGCAUUCUUGAAUGUCAGUGGAGGUCUCUUCAAUCCAGGAUUAACAUUUGCCAUGGCAUUGGCUGGAGGAGUCAACGCAAUCGCUGCCAUCUUGUAUUUCAUUGUCCAGAUCGUCGGAGCUCUGAUAGGGGCUGCAUUUAUCAAGGCUGUAGUCCUCAAUGACUCCUACUACGACAUCAAAGGAGGCUGCAACCAGUACCGCGGCCUUGUACCUUACGAUAAGUAUGACGCCAACCGACAAAUCGACAUGACCCCUGGUACAGCCGUGGUCAUUGAGGCCAUCCUCAGUACCAUGAUCUAUCUCGUUUACCUCAUGGCUAACCUUGACAAGAAAGCCCGCCAGGUCACCGGCCCUCUCGCCUACGGAUUCGCGGUCCUCGUCAGUAUCAUUUGCGCGUAUCAUUGCACUGGAGCUUCUUUCAACCCAGCCCGUAGCUUUGGACCCGCGGUCAUCUCAGGCUUCUGGGCAGAACACUACAUCUACUGGGCUGGUCCAGCCAUUGGUGGUCUCUUGGCAGGGCUCUUCUACAGGUUGAUUCUCGGAGAUAGGAAGAAGCGUUUCAUCCUCAAACAUUAAGUCAAGACAACUACCAUAUAGGUCAACAUGUUCUCACUCUAGACUACGUAACAAUGAAAGAGGGUUAUCACAAACUUCACAUCCUUGUUGCCUAACCAUAAAUAACAAAAGUUUCCCUGGUUAAUGAAAAAUAACUUCUAUCCCGAUAUAUCACAAAAAUAUGAAAUACACUCUAAACUAGAUUAUAUAGGGAUGAACUACUUACUCUAUACUGUUAAAACAAAGUCGCACGUGAAACUAUUGAUAUUUUCAUGCUUAAGAGAUAGACAUUCAAGAUAUUUACAUUUCGAGAAAAUAUCGGAAGUCUAUACAACCUUCUGUAAAUUUUAGAUAUGUUGAAUACAAACAUUAAAUCUGGUAAAGAGAAAUAUUGUAUUAUUUCUGUACGAUUUAUCAAAUAGCAACACACACAAU